AUGGCCGGCUACUUUUCCAACGCACCCUCUCAGUCUCGGUUCCUCGCGAACUCAGCAUCGAGCACGGCCACUGCUACGAUGACGAGCACACCGAAACCAGUGCGCCAAUCUUCAAAGCUCUUUGCUACCUCGCUCAUCGCGGACGGCGAGAAGGAAGCGGGCGGCCCGAUUACUGCAACACGCUCCGGUGGCGCGUCGUCGCCCUCUGCGCAUCCUCUGCGGAGCACAUGGGUGUUCUGGUUCAGACAGCAGCGUGCGCCGGGGAACAAGAUCACGAACUAUGAGGAGGGAAUCAAAAAGAUCGCGGCCUUUUCCACUGUGGAAUCCUUCUGGUCACUUUGGACACACCUGUAUCCCCCUUCGGCCUUGCUUCCCACGACAGACUAUCUGCUAUUCCAUGAACGCGUUCGCCGGCCUGUAUGGGAAGACCCUCUGAACCUUUCCGGUGGCAAGUGGAUCAUACGUCUUCGCAAGGGUGUCGCAGAUAGACUUUGGGAGGAUUUGGUACUCGCGCUUGUCGGAGACCAGUUUGCGGGAGUGAGCGGAGCGGAUGGUGAUGCCGAGUUGCCGGACAUCUGCGGUGCGACCAUCUCCGUGAGACAGAACGAGGACAUCGUCUCUGUGUGGAAUCGUGUGGAGGCAGACCCAAAGCUGCGUGAGCGCAUUCGUGAUACUAUCCGACGGGUGCUCAACCUACCUUCGACUGUGAUAAUGGAGUAUAAGUCUAAUAACGACUCGAUGCAGGACAAAUCAUCUUUCCGUACUGCGCCGGUAACGCCUAGCGGAGACCGCACACCAAUCCUAUAG